GAAAAUCAUCAGUUUAUCUUCGGUAAUAUGCGUUAUUACUCGUACAUUCAGUAGUUUCGAUGCAUUCAGGCUCAUUGUGCAUGGCUUAACAUCUGACAUAAAAAUCGGUAAAUUGAUCACAAUUGCAUUUCAGAAACGUGUGUAAACAAAUCAGCAGCACAUGGCAGGGAUGCAGUAAUUUGGUUCUGCACACUGGUGGUCAGACUGUGCUGGAUAUGACGGACAAGUAAUUCAAACCUUAUUUCUUUAAUGGGCCUGUUUACUGCUCAGCGUUAGCUAUAGUCCUGUCCGCGGUUCCUGAUUGGUUCGCCAUGAAGACUGUUAUUUUUAAUCAGAAUGAAAAUGAGUCGCAUUUUAUAAACGCAAAAAAUAUUGAUUUGACAGUUUUAGGUGUUCUUGUAUUAUAUCCUAGCUUAAACCGUAAAAUCAAACCAAAAGCAAAGACGGAACAACCGGUGCGCAAAAUGAGAAAAUGAAAUGCCUUUCUACUUGGUAAUGUUGUCCAACGCUUAUUUGUUAUAGUCUCUUCAUUAGCUUGCUUUCAGCGUGCAAAAAUCAGGUCACAACUAGCCGAAUGUGUGUACACACUCUGAAUGGCUGAGCCUUGGCUAAUGCCCCAUGCAAACAUAGCUGCUGUAAUGUAACCCAGUGGCCUACCCCGACCUUCAAGACAGGGCGACACAAUUAUUUUAUUUUAUUUUUGUGUCGAUGCGAUCGUGAAAUGUAUUUUCUAUUGCUGAAAACGGGUUGAACCGAAAACGACGGAUGUGUUGUGGUACAUGUCAAGCUUAAUGUGCUUAUAACGAAGAUGACAGGCAGGCUUAUGCUCCCCCUCCCCCUCCAUCAGCCGACCGCUCAGCGCGUUACCAAGGCAACGGCGGAACCGAACCCGAAUCUGCUCGUGACCACCCAUUAUAACGUCAUCACGGUUGGACGUUUCCUCACUAGUGCAGUCAACAGUGUUUCAUUUAGAACCUUUAUAUUUAAUAACGUGUAGAGUCUAAAUCUAAACCAGAAUAACGUGUUCGCGUUGGACGUGGACAACAACACCAUACAUAUAAACAGGUGAGGAUAUCAUCAUGGUUCCUGAGUGAGACGUGAGCAGCCUGCCCUGGAUGUUUGGUGGAUCUAAAUGUGCUUCAUUUUCAUCUUGUGCACAUCAGCCACUUUCCCCACCUUUCCUUCCUCCAAUUUUCCAUGCCAUGGUUUCGUUAAAUGUUAAACAACAACGUUGUUCCAACAUCAACAACGAUCACUGGACAGCAAACUGUCUCUUCUUUAUCGUCAGAGCCCCAAAGACAGCAGGCCUACAGAUGGAUUGAUGCCUGAGAGCAGUUACUGGCAGCUUUGCCCUCCUUCAAAGUCCAGCCUGCAGGGGGUGCUCAGCUCCAGCUUCCCCCCCGGCCCCGUGCCCCUGGGUCCUCCAGAAAACCACCUGCCGGAGGGGGAUGCCCUGAACCGUCUGCUUGCCCCUAGUACCUCUGUGACGGACCUGUCUUUUCCCGGGCUUCCCCCUCCCCCCCCGCCACCCCCCAAACGCCACUGUCGUUCGCUGUCUGUGCCAGAGGACCUUUCCCGCUGCCGGUACACCUGGCGGCCGAGCGCAUCCAAGGUCUGGACACCAGUGAACCGCAGAUGCCACAGUGGAGGGGGCGCGGGGGGGCCGUGUCCGCUACGUGCCCCCAGCUCCUCUCUCAAUUCCUCGCUGCAUUCUUCUUCCAGUCCCACCUUUUUCAGCCUAGCCCUUUCUCCGGAUUCUCCGUUGCCGUGGAAUUUUCCGUGGGACCCAAGUGACAGUGCCGGAGGUGGUGCCUGCUGCUGCUGCUUCCCCUCACCAUCUUCAUGCUCCUCCUCUCCGUCUCCGCUCCAUCCACCGCCUCCCCCGCAGCGUCGAUUUUCCCUCUCUCCGGUGCUUAUCCGUGAGGCUGCGGCCCAGUUUCUGCCGCCACCUCCGGUGCCCCCACAAAUCACAUCGCAUCCACCAGCGGUGCCCGCCUCACCCUCGUCUGCCUGCAGCACUCCAUCUUCAGUGCGCCGUGCUCUUCCUCCUCAACUUCCACGGUGCCAUUCUCAGCCCUGCGACCUACUCCUGCUAAAACCUGGCCUAAAACGACGCAGGGACCCGGAUAGACCAUGUGCACGGCCUGUGCUGGACUUUGCCAAAAUGACACAGACCCGAAGCACAGAUCCUCUCAGUUAUAUGGAACGUGGCAGACUUGCCUGUGGGGGGGAUAUGUAUAUGGGCCUUGAGCCAUUUUUUGGAGACUUCAGAGGCUCAUGUUCACCAGCUGAAGGCCUGGGCAGGACGAGUAUUGGACCGUUGAGUGAAAGUGAUGAGGAGGAGGAGAGAGAGGAGGAAGACACUGAGGAGUGUGACGGGGGACAAGCGAGCGUGUUUGAAAGGGAUUGUACUGAACUAGAUAUCACUCUCAUUGAGGAGAACUGAACGUUGUCCUGGGGAAGAUCUCAUUUCCCUUCCACCGCCAGCAUUCAACUCUCUCUGCAUCACCUGCUACCUUACACUGGCAGGCCUCUCAGGAACCCUGCUGCCCCCUCUCGAGGCUCGCAGGCGUAGAAGCCAAUUAACGAAGACAUGCAGACUACUAUCAUAUGCAGGCAGUCAUGUACGCUGACCCAUCAACAUUGUACAUUCCAGAAUCAGUUGCUGAGACAUUCUGAAGGAUGCAAAUAUUUCAGAGCUGGAGAAACCAGCAAAGGAGUUUUAUGUGUAUUGGACAUCCCCUUAAAAUUAAUCCUCAAACUGGCAAAACGGAACUGGAGGCAAACAGCCCUUCAGCUUCCUGCUUCUCACAUCUUUCCUCUCGACUUGUUUUGAUAGUAAGAAUAGACUUUCAAGGAUGAUGGUUAUAAAUAUCAGUGUUUUGUUUAGUUCUAAUAUAAAAGGGCAGUACGACAUAGCAGUAUUUUACUCUGCAGACCUUUAUACUUCCUGACGAAGGUCCAUCAGAUUCAACAUAAGCCUUAAGAUGCCUGUUUUUUUUCUUCCUCUUAAUCAAAAGAUUCCUCAAGGAAAUGAAUUGUGUACUGUAGCUGUUGUUCUUUGUUUUAUUUUCUGCAGUCUCUUUAUUUUGUUUUUAAUCUGUACAAUGCAUUCCUCUAAAUUUGAAAUGUGUAAACAUUUAUUAAUGCACUGUAUUUGGGACAAUUAGAAAGAAACAAUGAAAGCAACCACUGUAUUCUGAAGGCACAUUGUUAUACUGUAUUGUACAGCAAGUAUUUGUUCAAAUAAGUUGUGUAAAGAUGGUAGCUUGAAGGUUGGAGACAGGAUAUUGCUGUCAUUUAGAGAUUUUUUUUAUUGUACGUGUGAUACAAAUUCAGACUCGGUUUAUGUAAAAAUAAAGUUUAUUUGAAAUUA